AUGGCGGACACACGUACACUCUCGUUAUUGCCAACUACCCUCAAUCCAUUAAAUUCGAAUAAAUUUCUCACAAAUAGUUCAUCAACAACAACGACGGCAACAUUAAAUGGAACGAAUAGUGUAGCUGAAUUGACUAAAACUCUCGUACCGGAAAAAUAUCAAGUAAUUCUAUUAAGUUUUGCAUAUGGAAUUAUCUCACUACUGGCUGUUCUUGGUAAUACUUGUAUUAUCUACAUUGUUCUACGCAAUCGACGAAUGCGUUCGGUGACGAAUUAUUUCAUCUGUAAUUUAGCUCUUUCGGAUUGUCUAGUAGCUUGUUUUGCUGUACCAUUUCAGUUUCAAGCAGCCGUAUUACAAAAAUGGGUUCUACCGAAAUUUCUCUGCAAAUUAGCACCAUUUGUCCAAAUCCUCUCUGUCGAUGUAUCCAUUUAUACAUUAGUUGUUGUCUCACUUGAUCGUUACCAUGUUAUGUUACAUCCAUUAAAACCGAAAUUAUCUACCAGAAGUGCAUUUAUUAUCUUUAUUAUCAUUUGGCUGAUUGCCCUAGGCUCGUCAAUUCCUAGUUUGAUCUUCUAUAACGUCUAUUUCAUCGAUAACUUCGGCUAUCAAUGUCUACCGUAUCCAUAUGAAGUUCAACAAGAUAAUUCAACAAGAAAUUCGUACGAAAUCCAACGAAUUUACAUCGUUUACAAUAUUUAUUCUCAAUACGUAAUCCCAUUUAUAAUUAUCAGUGUCGCAUAUUUUCGUAUUGCUUCGCAUUUGUACUUUUCUAAACCUGUUGGCCAAACAAAACAUCAAGAAGUUAUUGCUCGCAAUAAACGCAAAGUACUGAAAAUGUUAUUUCUUGUUGUGGCUUUAUUUUUAAUUUGCUGGUUUCCUUUACAAUUAUACAAUUUUCUAAAUGUUUAUAAACCUGAAAUUAAUGAUUUCAAACAUAUCGUAGUUCUGUGGUUAUCUGCUAAUUGGCUAGCAAUGUCGAAUUCUUGUCAUAAUCCGUUUAUAUACGGAUUCUGCAGUGCGAAAUUUAAUUUAGAGUUUCGUAAAUUAUUCUCUUGUUUACCAUGUAUUGAUUCAUCGCAGUUAGAUAACGAUCUACCUAGUAAAAAUCAUCCAAGUCAACCCUCAUCAAAACAAUCGCAGUCUAAGUUACAACCACGCAGCACGAAUCAUCAGAGGCAUUCGUCGAACUCGUCAUCGAUGUCACCUCGAGCGACUAAGCAGUCGCGCUCGACUACCAAAGAUAGUCAAAUUAUAUCAUCUCCAGCAGAAAAAGGACAUCAGAAUAAAAAAUCUAAUCGCUUUUUCUCCACACAUAAUCAGUAUUAUAGUUCAAAAAAAGAUCGAUCGAUAAACAACUGUGAAAAGUUUUUACCCGAUCAAGAUUUGACAAAUUCGACCAAAGAGAAUGAUUUAUUAUUAAUUCAAGCACGGCAGCCGAAUCGUUUUGUGUAG